UGAAGAGUGUAAUGAAAUUGAAGAGAUAAUAAUAGUGACGGAAGGAUUAGUAGAAGAAGAAGAAAGGAUGAAGAAAAUGGUGUUUCCAAAAUUAGACCGCUUGACGCUCGAGGACCUUCCUAAGCUCAAAAGAUUUGGCUUUGAAAAUCUGAUUGAAUUCCCUUCUCUAACAUAUCUGCACAUAGAAAAAUGUCCUCUUCUGAACACAGUCCAUUCUGAUUCUACAAGUGUGGGAACAACUGUUGGAAAUGAAGUAGGAGAGAGCAGCAUCUCAAUGGAGAACCUCCACUCGGAUGUCUCAAAAUACCUAUUCAGUGAAAAGUUGGCAUUCCCAAAUCUACAGCAACUUCACCUCGGAUGGGAUGAUGGGAUGAAAGAGAGAUUGCAUGGCCUACGACUUGCAUCGGACUACUUUUGCAAACUAAAAGUUCUCCGACUUGUACGGUUUCCUCAACAAUUAGCCAUAUUCCCAUCUUACCUGUUCCAAUUACUAUCCUUACCCAAUCUUGAAAGCCUUCAAAUAGAACUUUGUUACUUUGAAGAGUUGGUAUUCCAAAGUGAAGGAGUUGGUGGUGAGGAAAAGCCUGCAUCUGCAUCGAUGGUACUCUCUCGGUUAACUGAAUUACGGCUUUCUAGUCUCUAUGAAUUGAUGCAUCUAUGGAAGGAAAAAGAAGGAUUCCAAAAUCUAAGGAUUUUACAUGUGGAAUGUUGUCCCAAAUUAAAAAGUAAUUUAGUUCCAUCCUCAGUAUGUUUCCAGAAUCUGAUGACUCUUGAAGUUGUAUAUUGUGAUGGGAUCAUAAAAUUAGUUGCACAUUCAACAGCCAAAAGCCUAGCGCAGCUCAGAGAAAUGAGGAUAAUUUAUUGUAGAAAGAUAGAAGAAAUAAUAGAAGGUAGCGAUGGGGAUCGUGAUGAAGUGAAGGAUGAAAUCAUUUUCCCCAAACUCAACCUUUUGGAACUUAUUGGGCUAUCAAAUCUAGAAAGCUUCUGCUCAUCAGCGAAUCAUACCUUUGGAUUCCCAUCCUUAGCAACGGUAAUUGUGGAAGAUUGCCCAAAGAUAAAGACGUUCGCUCAGGGUGGGUUAAACGCUCCAAUGUUGCACAAAGUACGACCAGAUAGUUGGGCAGAUGAAAGGGAGGACUGGAUUUGGGAAGGAAGCCUUAAUAGCACCAUACAAAAACUGUUCAAGGAAUGGAAUCCUGUGGAGGAAAUGCAGAAUUCUGUAGAGGAUCAAGGCAAUCCUUCAACUUUUAACACACAAUCAACAUAGUCGAGAAUGCUGAAGAAGAUCAGUUCAAUCCUUUAACUGCCAAGAAACAUAGUAUGUUCUUCAUUUGAAGGUGUUUUUAUCAUCUCAAGUGCAGAAGUGCAAGGUUCCAAUUCCUAUUUCCUUCAUGGCUGGCAUUUAUGAGCCUUGGCAGAGUGAAGUAAACAAUGUAUGUAUUUUGAGACAUCAUUAUUGAUACUUCGUCAUUUGAAAUCAAAUGGUUAUAAGAUUUCCUUUAUUAUAAUACUGGGGUUCUUUAAAUGAACUAAUGGUCAUUUUUUUCAUUUCACAAUUGGGUUGGGUGCCUUGGAUUAUAUUAAUUUCAUUUAAUUGUCAGUUGUCAUAUUACUGAAGGGCAGUACUGCCAAGCUGUUCUGUCUCUAAGGACAAGUUUAAUCAUGUUGCAUUUGAUCAACCUGUAAAAUGGUCGCAGCUUCUUUCUUUUAGUCUUUCUAUGUUUCUAUGAUGACUAAAUAUAGCCUGCCAUGUAUUUGAUCAACCUUGGAAGUAAUAACAUAUGUAAUACUUGUCUGUUUUAAUGAUCUGGGUGUUGAGAAGUUAUGGAUGACAACAAUUCUGAAGUCAAAGGAUAAGGAGAAAUGUUCCGUAAGUGGCAAAAUGACAAGGAUUUUGAAGUUGAGGAUCACAUACUUAUUUUGAACUAGAGAAUGAGGAGACUUUUUAAAUGGUGAAUUUCAAGGAUUUUCCACUCUCCCUUUUUGGGAAGGUGAUUUUCUGCUACACUGAACCAAUGGCAAGUUCUUGUCCAUUGGGUGCCCCAAGGUAUGCUGUGCCUACAACAGCUUGUGAAUGGGCUGUUUAUCCAUGCUGACUAUAACUUGUUCCAUUCUACUCGACCCUUAUGUUGAGUUCCAUGCUGCCUAGGGGAAUUUUUUGUAGCCCUAUUAUGUUUUCUUAGAGGCACAGUUCGGAAUCAUGAUUUGAUUGAUCAUGGUGAACAAGAGCAUUCAAUUGUCAAGGAGGUGGAUGGUAGAGGGAAAUUGGGCAGAACGAAUGCCUCUCCCAGUUUUCUCAUAUGGUGAGGGUUAAGGCCAAUUAAUCCUACUGAUUGAAUGGAAAAACGGGAAAGAAUUCAAUCGCCAUUGAAGGUUUACAAAGCAUUUGCCUCAUGUCAAGUUAAGAGGCUGGUCCUUAUCAAACUUUAGCAAAGGCUUGCUAGAUUCAUUUCGUUAAUUGAAAACAUAUACAAGUCAAACACUUGCAGGAAGGCCCAAUGACUGAGAACUCAUUGCAAUGGAGUAGUUAUUUUUGAUAUUCAUAUAGGACAUUUUCUAUCAGCAUUGACAUAAAGAGAACAACCUGCAGCAAGGAUCUUGGUCCCCUGAAUACACUAUAAACCAAGAGUUUCCAAGUACAAGGAACGGCGGAUCAUUGUUCAAGUACAAUGGUUUUUAUUUACAACAGACAUCAGUUUUAAAGUUGAAUAUUUUUGUAAUUUUUUUGAAAGAGUCUUUGGCUUCGAAUCUUAUAAAAAAUGUCUUAUUUUCGUUUUAAAUACUGAUAAGUAACUAUGAGAAUUUAACUUAACGAAGUUAAUUAUUUCU